AUGUCUUUCACUCGUAUUUCCUGGGUUCCUGUCAAGAGCGACGUUGACGACGCUGCCCUGGCCCCACUAGCGAGUGCCGGAGCGGCACUGUCCAAGCAGCCCGGCAUCGGGAGCAUUUACCAGGGCCGCAUUGUUGACGGUACGCCGUCGCUUUACGCGCUCACCACGUGGGCCUCUGAGGACGCGGCCAAAGCGGCCGAAUCAUCGGCCGAGUUUGGCGAGAUCGAAGGCAUCCUGGCUGGUAUCAUCGACACGAGCAGCGCGAAGCCGUACACGAAUCUGGUCAACCUCAGCAAGCCCUUUGACUCGAUCGCGAGCCCGGUCACGCGCAUCAUUGCCAUCUUCCUGCCGGGGUCGGUCGACAAGGCUGCCUUCGCCGCCAAGCUGGAGGAGAUGGAUGCCGCCAUCGCCGCCGCCAACCUGCCGGGCUACAAGGGCAGCGUCAACGGCUGGGCGGUCGAGCAGAUCGAGCACCCGUCCGUUCCCGGCGGGCCGGCAAACGUCUUUCUCUCCAUCACGGGUUGGGACUCGAUUGAGGCCAGCGCGGCCGCCGCGACGGCGCCAGGAAUGAGCGAGAACCAUGCAGCUCUGGCGGCAUUUGGAGGCAUCUUUGAAGUCCACCAUGUUUCGCUGACCAAGGCUUGA